AUGGCAAAAACUACUGUUAUUGAUAAAAGAAAGAGACCACCACAGGUCGAAAAUGAAGUAGUAUCAGUAUCACAGCAAAAUAGACAAUAUGCAUCAUUUGGAAGAGAUGCUCACAAGAAAAUUAAACAACUUAUUUUACAACAUCGGAUGGUUUCAGAUUCUGGAAAGCCAAUUCAUUUGCGUAAUAUGGAAUUGGAAUAUGAAGACCAUAUUAUUAAUAUAAAAUACGAUUUUUCAUCAGAUCAUCUAAAAUUAGAUGCCUAUGUACGUGCCUGUGAUGAAGCUUUAUUAGGUCAUGAUGGAUAUCGAAAGCUUGCUGCUGUAGAAGCACGGCUGAUACGUGAAUAUCAAGUUGCACAAAGGAGAAUAGAAAUUACAAAAUUAAUUAAUGUGCAAAUACCAAUUGGGACAAUUAAUCUUGAUAAAGAAUUAAAUCAACAACCUAUACUUCAGUUGAUGAUGGUGAAGAACAUCAAGCCAGAAAAUACAGUUUAUUUGAAACUUGGUGGUGAUAGAAGGAAUGUAGGUCGCAAAGAAAAAUAUGAAACAUUAGCCAAAGUUGGAAAUCUAUUCAAGUAUCAACUUCAAGAUCUUCAAAAAAAUGGAAUUACCAUUAAUGAUGUACAUUGGCCAAUUGAGUUAUUUUUUUCUGGUGACUGGAAAUUUAUGUACAAUAUAAUGGGAUUGAAUACACCAAAUUCAAAAUAUUUUUGUCUAUAUUGUGAUUGUGAAGCAAGUGAUCGUUGGAAUAUGGAUUUACACUGGACAAUUAAUAAAAAUACAAAGAAAAAAAAUUACAUUCCAGAUGAGUUACAUCUAUUAUUGCGUAUUUCAGAUGUAUUAAUGGAAUGUUUUUUCAAUGAUCUAUUCAAAAAAAGGGAAUUUGAACGAGAAAUUAAAAAUCAAAUUGAACAAACCAUGAAAUCAAUUAAAAUUCAUUUUGAAUUUUUUAAGUCAAGAUCAAGUGGUGGCAAGUGGGAUUGGACUUCGUUAAUGGGACCUGAUAAGAAAAAAGUUUUACAAUAUUUUCCUAUUAUUAAUUUUAUUCCAGAAAAACGCGGUAAAAAUAUUCAGAAGUUAUGGCAUGAUUUUUACGAUCUAUACUUAGUUUUAAGAAGUCCUAAUCUAACAAAUUCUGAAAUUGAUAAUUUUGAAAAUAAGGUAAAACAAUGGAUUAAAUUAUUUUGUCGACCAAGUCAAGGACAAAUUAAUUCAUCAUCACAAAUACCAGGUUUAUAUAGGAAAGAAGACAUCACUCCUUAUAUGCAUGUUUUUUCCCAGCACAUUCCAGAAUUUAUAUGA